GGCAUGCAAGACCGUCUGUGGAUGGCUUUAAGUAGUUCCCCGCGUCGGCGUUCUCCGAACAGAUGACAGAAACGUCAUUUAAGAAUGUGAGGUUAUGCAUAAUGAGCUCAAAACGCGUUUACAAGCUCAUGCAAGAAGUUUGUACUAAAGCGGUCAACGUAACUAACGAAACAGCUUCACACGUGUGGCGUGGGUUCGCAACGAUGGCAUCUGAUCCGAAAAAUGUUCGAAUGGCUAGAACAAUAGGUACCCACAGCGGUGUAUUCCACUGCGACGAAGCUCUAGCCUGUUAUAUGUUAAAGCAACUUGACGAGUAUAAGGAUGCUGAUAUUAUUAGGACCAGGGAUCCAACUGUUCUAGAUACCUGUGAUAUAGUAGUUGAUGUAGGAGGAGAGUACAGUCCAAAAAGAAAUCGAUAUGAUCACCAUCAGAAAAGUUUUGAAGACACACUUAGCACUGUUAGACCAGAUCUGGCAAAGAAUAAACUAAUAAGAUUGAGCUCUGCCGGGUUAGUAUAUGCCCACUUUGGUCUUGAAGUGAUUUCAUCGAUACUUAAAAAAAACACUAUUAAUCGAAGCAGUGAAUGUUUAUCACGUAUUUACCUGUAUAUUUAUGAGGGUUUUGUGGAAGAGUUGGAUGCUAUUGAUAAUGGCAUCCCAAUGUAUAGUGAAGGUAAACCUAGAUAUAGAAUCAAUACUCACUUGAGUGCAAGGGUGCACAGGUUAAACCCAGAAUGGAAUUCCCCUGAACAGGAGCCAACUGACAAACUAUUUAUGAAGGCUGUUGGAAUGGUUGGUGAGGAAUUUACCGAGAGAGUGUUAGAAGCUGCUAAUGUUUGGUGGCCAGCCCGAGAAAUUGUGAGGAACGCCAUUGAAAAGAGGCACGAAGUUCAUAAAGGUGGAGAGAUUAUACUUCUUGAAGAGAGGUGCCCUUGGAAGGAUCACUUGCUAUCACUUGAAGAAGAAAUGGGAAUAGCUGGAGAAAUAAAGUUUUGCAUCUACCACGACAAAGGCGAAUCUUGGAGAGUGCAAGGAAUUCCAUUACAGCCCGACAGUUUUAUUUGCAGAGUGUUUCUCCACAAGGAUUGGAGAGGCGUCAGAGAUGAGGAGCUGAGCGAUAUAGCGGGGAUAAAAGGUUGCAUAUUCUGUCAUGCCACAGGAUUUAUCGCCGGAAAUAAGACUAAGGAGGGUGUCAUGCAGAUGGCGCUGAAAAGUCUUGCGGCAAAUGUAUCUGAUAGGGAAUAAAAUAUACUAGAAUUACUUCGAUUCAUAGAAUUAUGGGUGCUGACUUCAGAUCAUACUUAAACGAUAACGUUAACCUUGACAUUUACGUCAAUGACAUGAUAUAUAAAUGACAAGGAUAACGCGUUUUUGUAUGUCUUGAAGGCAUUACCUAUAACUUCUGUUCUGUCCGUUAUUCUGCCCACCACGACAUGUCCAUGACAUGGAUAACGUUCGACAUACGACCUACGUUUUAUUAGCAGCAUGAUAAAUGUCAGACAAGAUAAACGUUAACGUUUGCCAUUAAGCGAUUACCCAUAACCUUUACUCCCUCUCUCGUUAGUGCCGAUAUUCAGGGCCAACUUCAAAUACAAAUUCUUUAUUUUCCUGUUGAUGUUUCAAAAACAUCUAGAAAUUGUCAAUGCAGCUUAAACUAAGGACAAAAUAACAAUGUAGUAAAACAACAGUGAAUUAUCCACACUUCAAACACCAGUACCUACAGGGUGACUUUGAAGUUGAGUCAUUAAUUUUCAGAUAAUGAUUGUAGAAGGAAGAUAAACCAAAAUAUGUGUGUAAAAAUAAAAAAAAUAUGUUACCUUGUUUUAUAAAGUAUCCUCCCGACAAGUAUUUCAGUGCGGACCUGUAUUUGAUCGUGCGGACUUGGAGCACCGGCAUGCCCUGCCCUGUGAGGUCUUGAGUCACCUGAUUCACGAGCCCUUUGUACUACAUUAACAAAAGCACGAGGGGUUGGUUGCACUCGAUUGGGAAACCGAUCCGCAUAAAUCCGUGAUGCCGCGUAAAUAAGAAUCGUGUCCACAAGUUCAGCAUUUUCGUAAACAUGUGCCAUUUUUGAUUUCGUUUGAGCCACGCAACAGACACCACUAUUCACUCACGCGUUACCGACUGCACUGACUGUAUACAACUGAAUAAAAUAAUUGUAAAAACAUCGUUCCAAAUUCUUUCGCUUUUUUGUUUCCGACGCGAUGAACCGAUAAGCGGAUUAUAUACGUUGUUGCCAAACACGAGCACAUAAUAUUAUUAUUGAGACAGGGCGGUACUCAAACUUCAAAAGGGCUAUAACUUUGUUACUUUAAUUUUACCAGAAAAAUGGUAAAGGAAAAAAACAUUUCUUUUGAUCAGAUCUACUCACUGUUAAAAUAAAUGACUCAACUUCGAAGUCACCCUGUAUAAGAAACUCUUCAACGCCAUAAAAACACUGAUCGAUCAGAAACUUUUUUUGUUGACUUGUGGCAGCUGAUUUGGCGGAAAUGCAAUCUUUCAGUGAGGAGCAUGAUCGAUAUAUAUGUAGACAAGUUAAAAAGAAAGAUAUGGUAACCGUAACUAUUGCAAUGGGUGAUAUUCUACAAACUGCCACCUACCGCUCUAAGAACCUACAAACGGACAAUGGAUCGGAGCUCUACAACAGCAAAUUUUCCGCUCUGAUGCAAAAGUAUGUAACUAAUAAUUAUUCUAUAUA